GUUGGCAGCAGGCGAGCCAACACAAGAGGUGCAGACAGAGGAUUUUCUUCUUCUCAGAAGCUGGAGUGUAAUCUGGUUGGAUGGCAGAGGGCGGUGUAGGUGCAUGCCCCCAGUUGUUUGUGGUGGACACGCAGACGAGCUACAUCUCCGUGCCCAGCGGGAAGGGGUCGAGAUGGGCCGGAGUUGGCCAAAAGUUCCUUCUGCUGCUCGUGGGACUCACUCUAUUGGGACUUGUUGUUGAGGGAUUUUUCCUCUACAGACUAUACAAAAAAACGGAGGAGUUGUCCCUCUGUAAAUAUCAUCCUCUCUGCCAGAACCUGUCCCAUCCCCAAACAUCUGGCCAGGAGGGUGGCACCAUAUUGAGUCUAGUGGGACAUAAAGAAUCAAAUGAUAUUCCCACAGUGCCACAACAUCAGGAUGAGGUCCAACAGAGGCCGUUUGCUCAACUGAUAGGCGCCAUCACUCCUGUGGGGGAGAACAACAUGGUACUGUGGGAAAAUAUCGAUGGCGAAACCGUCACCCACCACAUGGGCUACGCCAAGGGUCAGUUGUUGGUGGAGGAGGAUGGUUACUACUACCUCUACUCCAAAGUGACGAUACAUGCUGAUAAGCCGCGUUUGCUCAUCCAGCACAAGGUCAUGAAAGACACCAGUUCCUACGACAAUUCUAUAGAACUGAUGAGAUCAAAAAGUUCCCGCCACCAGACCAGUACAAAGGCUUCAGACAAGGGGGAUCUGUGGAGCAGUUUUCUGGCUGGGAUCUUCCACCUGCAGAGUGGAGAUAAAAUCUUUGUCACGUUGGAGAGUAUAGACAACAUGCGUCCAGGACCUACUGACAAUCUCAUGGGGGCCUUUAUGAUAUUUCCAGGCAAAAUUCUGCAGCAUCACCUCUCUCCAACAUUGUGAUCAGAUUGUAAACGUCUCUGUGUUAUGUAAUUUACACUAUUUGUUGUUGUGGAUUUUGCAUAUCUAAUAUAUACACUAUAUAUAUAAUAUAAAGUAUGCCAUCCUCAAUUAAUGUAUUUGAAUCCCUUAUGAAAAAGCAUAUUACAAAAAAGGUAUCUGAUAUUCAGAUGAUAUACUCCGACAAUGUUGCAUAUUGUGUUGUUGUGUGAAUAAAAUACGGUUUUCUGAGGUGA